AUGCCCAGCAGACCAAACUCCCUCAUCUCGCGUGUCUCGGGGUUUGUUCCUCUUGGCGGCGGCGCCGAUUCGCGAAGCGACAUGGAUUCCGGCAUUCCCCUUUCCACCAUCCGAAGCAAUGCCUCGACAACCGGUACCCGCAAGCCCGUCUUCGCCACCUCGACGAGCUAUGAUUCCUCGCCGACGGCCAACGAGAAGGGCGAGUCUCGUCCUCGCCACGCCGGCCGUCGAAAGAGGAUGGGAGACGGUCUUGGUCGCGCAGGCACCGGCGACAGUGACAUUGUCAGUGUGAAUGCUAUGGGCAGGAUCUAUGCCAAGGUCGUUGGCUUUUCCAACAUCACCCGCUACAUGGUUUACAUCAUCCCCGUCGGCAUUCUCCUCGCCGUUCCCAUCGUCGUUCUCGCCCUCACAGAUCACAGGCACGACAUUCAUGUCGGCAGUUUCGAGAGCGUCAACGACGCCAAGACGGUUGUUGUCCCCGGCCCGCCUCUGUUCCAGCUCUUCUUCUGGAUCGAAAUCGCCUGGAUCACCCUCUGGCUCGCCAAGAUUGCCUCCGCCUGCCUGCCCAAGAUCUUCAUGUUCUUUAGUGGCAUCGUCAGCAGGGGCGUCCGCAAGUACGCCACCAUUCUGACCAACUUGACCAUUCCAGUCUCCUUGCUCCUUUGGGCCCUCGCCAGCUGGCUCACCUUCAAGAACCUCUUCCGCCAGGCGAGCUCCGUUGGCAUCAACUGGGUCGUCGUCCUCGAGCAGAUCCUCGGCGCUUUGUUCGUCUCAUCCGGUCUCUUCCUGGCCGAGAAGGCCAUCGUCCAGCUGAUUAGCGUUUCCUACCAUCAACGCUCCUUCUCAAACCGCAUCAAGGCCUCGAAACGCGAUAUUUACCUCAUCGGCCUCCUCUUCGAAGCCUCUCGCGCCCUCUUCCCCAUGUUCUGCCGCGAGUUCGCCGACGACGACCACAUCAUCAGCGACAGCAUCGAGAUGAUGCUGCGGAAGAAGGGCGGCAAGAGGACCAACGGCGCGGCGACGCCCAUGAAGCUCAUCGGCGAUGUCGGUCGAUUUGGCGACAAGGUCACCUCGGCCUUUGGCAGCAUCGCCCACGAGAUCACCGGCAAGCAAGUCUUCAAUCCCAACUCGGCUCACUCCAUCGUCCUCGAGGCGCUCGAGAAGCGCAGCGCCUCUGAGGCGCUCGCCCGCCGUAUCUGGAUGUCCUUUGUCCUCGAGGGCAAGGAUGCCCUGUACGUCGAGGACUUUUACGAGGUCCUCGGCGCUUCCCACAAAGACGAGGCCGAGGAGGCCUUCAACGCCAUGGAUACGGACAUGAACGGAGACAUCAGCUUGGACGAGAUGGUCCGCCAGGUCGUCGACAUGGGCCGCGAGCGCAAGGCAAUCAGCGAGGGCAUGAAGGACAUCGGCCAGGCGCUCCGUGUCUUCGACAAGGUCCUGCUCUUUGUCGUCUUCAUGCUUGUCAUCUUCGUAUUCCUGGUUUUCUUCAGGAGCAGCUUCGCGACGACCAUCGUUAGUGCCGGAACCACAUUCCUCUCCUUGUCCUUCGUCUUUGCCGUCACUGCCCAGGAAUUCCUCGGCUCUUGCAUCUUCCUCUUCGUCAAGCAUCCCUUCGACGUAGGCGACAGGGUCGACAUCACCAGCACAAAGAUGAUUGUCGACAGAAUCUCUCUCCUGUACACCGUCUUUACCCGCAUCGACACCAAGCAGGUUGUCCAGGUGCCCAACAUCCAACUCAACAAUCUCUGGAUCGACAACAUAUCUCGCAGCAAGGCCAUGACGGAAACGAUGACGCUCGAUGUGUCGUACGACACCACCUUUGAUGACAUUGAAAAUCUCCGCAUGGAGAUGGAGACGUUUGUCAGGUCUCCGGAAAACUCCCGCGAUUUCCAGCCCGACUUCAGCAUCAGCGUUGGCGGCAUGGGCGACCUGAACAAGCUCACUCUGAACAUCAGCAUAAAGCACAAGUCCAACUGGCAUAACGACGUCGUGCGCGGUACCCGUCGGUCCAAGUUCAUGUGCGCCCUCGUCACGGCGCUCCGAAAGGUGCCCAUCUACGGGCCCGGCGCUGGCGGCGAGGCGCUCGGCGGUCCCACGAACCCUACUUACUCGGUUGCCGUCACCGACGAAUUUGCCUCCGCCGCCCGCGCCGAGGCCCUCCAGGACAAGGAGAAGGCGCGGAUGGCCACCCCCAACGGCGGGGACGCAGCAGAGGAGGUCACCCGUGUCGAGAAGCACGCCGGCUCCGACGUCAACACGCCUCCGCCGCCUGCGGAAACCCGGCGCGCUUGGGACAUCACCAGCCGUGGAGACGGAUACGAGGCCUCGCGGGAAGCGUCCGAGGACAGGCGUCGAUCCAGAGACAUAGAGUCGGUUCGCACGGCGCUCCUCAAGCGGGCGAGCACGCGUGGCCGUCGAAGGGCCGGCGAGGGGCUGCCGAACAUUGCGCAGUCCGAAAGCUACCCCGCCAGCUACCCGCGAAGCACCAACAGCCCGCGGCUGCAGACGUUUGACGAGGAGGCCCAGACCGACAUGCCGUCAUCCUUUUACAGCCUCAAUCGUAUUGGGCAGCCGGCUGUUGUCUCGGCGGCUGAGGAAGAUGAGCGGGCACUACAGCCGAGCGACUCACAACGCAACCCCAAUCGAGGCCCCAGCUUUCGCAGGCCAUCGCCCGGCCAUCCCAAGUGA